CAAAAGAAAAUAUUCGCAAAAACGAGUCUUUUGUCCAACCUACAUUUUUGGAGCUGCUUUACUGCAUGACGUCGCGCUUCAACCAUCCAAUCACAGCGCUAAGAGAUGUCCUCGUUGUUUUGUUGUUUUCUUCUCUAGGUGACUGCGGCAUAAGGUCCACAUACUUCUACCUCAGCAGCUGAAGAUCUACACCACAGUGAUGUCGGACGGGCUUGUGCUCGGUGGUGAUGGAAACUUCAGCUCUCUCUGCCCACAUGGGAUCGAGUGGAUUUGGUAUGGACUUGGGGAAUGUGCCCAGGAUGCCAGGGACGUUGCCAGUGUAGUUCUGGGACUGCUGUCAAUAGUUUGCUUCAUGGUGUCCUCACUACCGCAAUACUACAAUUCCUGCAAGACAGGAAAUAUGGACAGCGCUCUGUCUAUUUGGUUUCUGUUAUUGUGGCUGGCAGGCGACUCGUGUAAUCUUAUUGGAUCGUUCUUAGCCGAUCAACUUCCACUACAGAAAUACACUGCAGUGUACUACGUCCUGGCAGACAUGCUAAUGCUGUUCAUGUACAUGUAUUAUAAAAUAAAGAAUAAAGCAUCUAGGGACAGUAACAGUGCAUUGCUAAAUGCAGUCAGUAUGCUGUGUCUUCUGGGAAUGACAUCUUCCCUCCUUAGCCUCCCUCGCUCUGCCCUAGAGGAUCAGAUUCCCGCAGGGUUCAAGGGUCGGGCACUGCUGGCCGUGGAGGAGGACAGCGGUUCGGUAAAGCCCUUCUCAACAAAGGAGAUUAUAGGCUUUAUCAUCGGCUCUUUAUCUUCAGUACUCUAUUUAUGCUCCAGAUUGCCACAGAUGUACACUAAUUAUCUAAGGAAGUCAACAGAGGGCGUAUCUUAUUUCCUGUUUGCUCUGGUAAUUCUGGGAAACACAACAUAUGGCAUCAGUGUGAUACUGAAGAACCCAGAUCCAGGGCAGGGAGAGACCAGCUACCUCGUGCACCACCUCCCCUGGCUCAUCGGCAGCCUGGGAACGCUCUCACUGGACCUUCUCAUAUCCGUGCAGUUCGUGAUGUACAGAAAAUCUCCUCGGGUUUCUGCAGAUGGAGAUGAAGAGACUGCUGCACUCCUCCAAAACUGAACUAUUCCCAUUCCUGCUGUGAUUGGAUGAAAUGCUGGAGAUGUUUUUUGAGCAUCACAUUUCCACAGCCACAGCUGACAGACGUUUUUUUUUUUUUUUUUUACCA